AUGAGUCGCAGCCCAGAGAGGAUUUCCUCGUACCGCCGGUAUUUUGAAGAAUGCAGCACCGCCGCAGCCACCUCCAACUCUCUGCAGAUGAGGGUGUCCAGCCCCUCUCCUGUCCGCAGGGAGGUCCGAAGCCAGCGUGGGGCCAGCUACUCUCGCUCCUCCGCUGCAGCUGCCGGAGUCAUGGCCGUGGGACGUAGGGCUGCCUCUGCCUCCCGCUCCUCCACUGCCUCCAGGUCCCUGAUGGUGAGUGGUGGUGCCGGUGCCGUGGGUAUGACGAUGUGCGGUGGACAGUCCGUGGAUCUGGAUGCCGUGGCCGCAGAGAACCAGGAGUUCCGGGGCACUCGUACGAGCCAGCGCAAGGAGAUGAUUGUUCUGAAUGACAGGCUGGCUGCAUACAUCGAGAAGGUUCGGUCACUGGAGUCACAGAAUAAGGUUCUGGAAACAGAAAUUGAGGGCCUGACAAACCGCUUCCUGAAGCCCACUGGCCUGCGCAUGCUCUAUGAAGAACAGCUGAGAGAACUGAGGAGCCUUGCAGAACAGAUGAGGAGAGAACGGGACCUGGCUCUUGCUGCCAAGGAUGCCACUGCUGCGGAGCUUGAGAUGAUUAAGGUGAAAUAUGAAGAAGCCAUCGAACUGAGGAAGAAGGCUGAGAUGGACAUCGAGAACUUCCGCCCGGAUGUUGAUGCCGCCACUUCCUCCCGUAUCGCCCUGGAGAAACAGCUGGAAAAUCUCCAAUUUGAACUUGAGUUCCUCAAGAGGAUUCAAAGAGAGGAAAUUGAGGAACUGAUGAAGCAGAUCUAUGCUGCCACCGCUCUCUCUAAAGAUGGCUUCGGCCUCCCCGACCUCUCCAGUGCUCUGCAACAGAUUCAGAGUGAAUACGACACUAUCGCCGCCAAGAACCUCCAGGAAAUGGAUUCAUGGUACAAUGCUAAAUUUGACGACUUGAAUAGCAAAUCCACAAACAGCUUGGACAAGAUGCGCGGUGCCAGGGAGCAACUUGCAACGGCCAAAAUGGAGAUUCAAGGCAAGGAGAGGGACAGGGGAGAGAUGCAGACCAAACUCGAUGGCCUGGAGGCUAAAAUUGCUGAAGCCCAAGCCAGACAUAAGAAAGAACUCCAGGCACUGCAGGCCAGGAUUGACGCACUCCAGCUGGAAAUCAAAUCCACCAAAGGAAAAAUGGCAAAGAUCCUCUUGGAGUAUCAGGACCUGCUCAAUGUCAAGAUGAGCCUGGAGAUUGAGAUCACAACAUACAGGAAACUGAUUGAAGGUGAGGACAUUCGCAUCGCUGGUGUGGUUCAAAAGGGCAUGAGUGCCAUUGCUGGAUCAAGCAGCAUGAUGUCCUCAACCAUGGCAGUUGGAAUGGCUAGUGGAUUCGCAAUGAGUUCUGGAAUGUCUGUCAGUGCUGGAAUGGCAUCAGGAAUGGCAGGUGCUGCUUCUGCAAUGGCAUCUGGAAUCAGUUGUGCUGGAGUUGGAAUUAAUGGAUCUGCUGCAGCUGGAGCUGAAGCUGAAGCUGGAGAUGUAGCUGCUGCUGUUACCGGAGAAGGAGGAAAUGGGGAAGACAUGGCAGCUGGAGUAGCUGAUGGAACUGGAUCUGAAGCUGGAGUGACUGAUGGAGCUGGAUCUGAAAUUGGAGCUGAAGCUAAAGCAGCUGAUGGAACUGUAUCUGAAGUUGGAGUGGCUGAUGGAACUGGAUCUGAAGCUGGAGUGGCUGACAGAACUGGGUUUGAAGCUGGAGUAGCUGAUGGAACUGGAUCUGAAGCUGGUUCAGAAGCAUGUGAAGGAAUUGUUAAGGGAGCUGAAUCAGUUGGAGAAGCAGCUGCCGAUGCUGAAGCUGGAAGUGAAGCCGGAUCCCAAGUAGCAGCUGAUGCCGAUGCUGAUGCCGCAUCUAUAGCAUGUUCAAUGGCAAUGGGAGCUGAUGCUGCUGCUGUGGCUGCUGCAACAGCUACAUCUAGUGCUGUCAGCCGAGUGUCAGCUGGGCAGAAGGCCGUGCAGGGACACACCUCUACCGUGGAGCAGGCUGUGGAGGUGAUCGAGAGGAAGACCUUGCUCAUCAGGACGGUGAUGAACAACAAUGAAGUUCUGGAACAUGACACACAGGAGCAUAACUACCUCAUUAAAGGUGCCGCCAAUGAGGAGUAACGAUCCAAUCCACUAACGACCCCUGACCUUGACCCUUGGCUCUUGACCUUGGAACGAUACCAUGACGAUGACAACAUUUGAAAGACUCUUCUCCCUCUGUGUGUGGCUGUAAGGAUUUUACUUUGUUGGAAAAUAACUGCUUCCCAGCAAGGAUUAAAA